AUGGGAGGCACCAACAGUCGCCACCACAGCAGUAGCUAUCACCCCAGCAGUAGUCACCACCGGAACAGCCCAUUUGAAGGAGAGGCAAAUAAUAAUGCCCACAAAAGGAACAUAAAAAAAAUGAUAAGUUCUGCCGGCAGAGAGAAGAGAGCCAAACCAGUACACGACGAAGAGAAACUUCUUGAAGAUUUGAAAAGACAACAGAAGAUGCGAGUCGUUUUUUUAGAAAAGGAACAUGGGUUCAUUAGAAGUCGUCACAAGAAAAUGGCUAGCUGCUUUUUCAGCUACAGGAGGAGGAAGACCUGCACCAUCUGCUUUCUUAGCAACAAUUUGGAGCACAUGGAGAGGUGCAGAAGCUGCUCCCUGCACUUCCACGUGUACUGCUACAAGGUCUUUCGAGACGACUUCAAUUUGAGCAAUUUUCUCUGCGACGUGUGCGUGGACUCCCAGGGGGGGGGCGGCAUAGCGGCUGGCAAAGCGGCUGGCAAAGCGGCUAGCGGCACGACUGGGAGAGCGGUUGGCAGAGCGGUAAGCAAAGCGCUGAGCGACGCUGCGAACCGCGCCGGCGAGCCCUACCGGAAGUACCACUUUGCCUACCAGAGGAAGGAUGGCGACGCGACGAGCGACCCCCUCGACUGCGGCCCCCCCGCGGAGGAGGCGAAGGAGGUGAAGGAAGCGAAGGCCCAAAGUGGUCCACUCAGGAAAAGGCCAUUCUUCAAAUGUUUAAGUGAGCCCGAGUUUGUUAACAGCAAUGAGCUGCUCCCCUCGAAGGGGAAUAAGAAAACGAAUGGGGCGUCCAGAAGGAGGCCAGACAGUGGGAAGGUACCCACCGAUGACUUCUUCAACAGCAAUGCCAGUUGCCACCGCGAUGUUGCAUACCACUCCGACGAGAGAUGCAACCGAAGGGUUAGUCAGAACAUGGGGCCCUACUGCAAGAAGGCGAAGAGGCAACUGAAGAAAAUGGCAGAUUUGGAGGUGACUCCCGAGAGAGCGGCCAAAAUGAUAUACAAGCUGUUGAAGCCGUUGGAGAGCUACAGGAGGGGCUCCCACGGGCAACCCUCACAGGGGCAAUCCUCAAAUGUGCAUCUCCCCUCACAGGGGUACCCCCCCUCACUGGGGUACCUCCCCUCACUGGGGCAUCCCCCCCGCGGGCGGACCCCCCGCCCAAUGCUGCACCACUCGCAGCAAAGUCAGUUCGGCCAGCCCCCCCACGAGGGAAGAGCCACCCAGUACGUCCACGCCAUUGAGCACAAGCUGCACCUGCACGAGCGAGCAACGCAGCAAAUCAAAUGUAGCAUCUGCAAGGGGAUUCAUAGAAACGUCCUCAUGAUUAGGAGAGGCCCAGACCUCUGGUUUCACCUGUGCUGCCUCUACUACAAUGACAUCUCCAAAUGUUGCUCCCUCAUGCAUGUAUAUUUUGAAUUCUUUUUUUUAAAAUUCUAUAACGAAGAUUACUUCAGUAAUAUGUAUGCCAAGCUGAAAGCCCUCAACGAAAUGAUCAUCGGGAAGAUAAAGAGAGAACUGCUUAGUCACUAUAACACCUCCAUCCACAGCCACUCCUUCAACUUCCUCAUGAAUCCCUAUUACUACCAUUUGACUCUCAAACAGAUAAAGCACUUGAUAUUUCACAAUUUUAUUUUGCACACGAAUGUGUUGUAUGGGAGGUAUAGCGGUCCUGUGCCGUCCGUUGGGAGUAAUGAAAUGGAGUGCGCCCUUCAGGGGGUGGUAUACCGCAAGGUCAGUUGCGAAAAUUUGGCUGUAAUGGAUUUUGCUCCUAAGGAGAGGCGUCGCGUGGGGGAGUCCUCCACUUGCCCCCACCCCAGCAGGAGGAGGGAGCAUCAGAAGGGCACCCAUUUGAGAAGUGACCCACAUAGCAGGUUAUAUAGUCAAGCGGCACACCGGAGCGAAGCGCACCGGAACGAAUCCCUCCGAGAGGGACGCCCGCCCAGCCUGAGCAGCGCCGCCAGUAGCUACAUCGCCAGCAGUAGCACAGCCAGCUGCAGCGACUCCUCCUCUGAUAGAGCGAACGGGAGAGGUGCCUCACAUGAUCUGGAGGAAGGGAAAGGCGAAGGCGAGUACGAAUAUGAAGACGAUUUGGAGAAUGACCCCUAUGCGGAAGAGGACGAGGAGGACCUGUGCAUGCACAGCCCAAAUGAGCUGACCAACGUUUACUGCAUAGACACCAAUAACUGCAGCGUUGUCUCGGAGGAUAACUACCACCUCGCGGACGUCCUUCACAUUAUAAGCAACCACACAAGGAACGAAAUGAACCUGAGUGUGAAUAAGCAAAACGAAUUGAAUUCAUUCUUUAAGGAAAUUGAGCAGCUGAUAUAUCGGAGGGACUUCAUUAACCUAACCAUUCUGAAAGAGAUUAAAGAGAAGAUCCUCCAGUCGGUCGCCAACAAUCACUCCAAGGUUUGCACCUUUUGCAAGAGGGCUACUGGCAUCAAGACGAAGUGCAUGUUCCCAUCCUGCUGCACCUACUUUCACAUUUCCUGCUACUACGAGUUUUUCCUGCACACUGCGCAGGUGGUCUGCCCCUGGAGGAGGGGCCUCAGGCGGGACGACCGGCAUGCCGCGCAGAGAUCCGCAGCGCAGAGGAGUGUCAUGCAGAGGAGUGCCCUGCAGAGGAAUGCAGCGCAGAGGAACGCCGCCCCCAUGGCGACGCCGGAGGACCUGCUCCUCAGGGUGGACAAGCUGGUCAAGCGCCGCGACCGCAGGAAGAGGCGCCUGCGCAACGGAGAGGGGGGCGGCAAAAGUGAGGGAAGCGGGGGGAGCGAAGGAAGCGGCGAAAAAGGAGAAAACCGCGAAAGUGGCAAGCACGCUGCUCGUGGAACCCCUGUUGACCUCUGCGGCCGCCCCGGGGGGAGGACGGCGCCCAGUGAAGUGGUCGUAGCGAAGGCCCUCUCGAGAAGGAACUCCCAGGAGCAGCCCCCGAUCGAUGUACCCAGGGGGGUGGCCCCUCACGACCCGAUUCAGUACAUUCGAAACAUUAAGAGGAAGCUGUUGGACAGCAGCGAGAAGCAGGUCGGGGGGAGUGGCAGCGGUGUAGCGGUGGUGGGGUCGUCAACAGGGACACCGACUGCUCAUCCAACUGCGCAGCCAAAGACAAACCACCAGAGCGUUGAAGCGAAGAUGGCGCCGGUUAGACCCCCCUCAACCGUCGAGCACACAGACAAGGCAAAUUCACUUUCAAAGAAGGACGUAAUUGAUAUAUCGUCUACACCUCCUGGAAGUUCCGGGGCCAUCAGAUUAGAAGACCCCCCCCAGAGGGGAAAGCUCAUCGUGGAUGUAAUAGAUGUUGACAGUGAGGGGGGGGCACUUAGCAAUGGGCAUGCUCCAUUAAUCCCGGGGGGUAGCACCGGUGGGUAUGGCCAAAGCGAGCGAGUUGAAGACAGGAACGCCCCCCCAGGUGGUGGAGGUUCAAACCAAGGUUGCUUCUUAAACGCGGGAAGAGGAAGGUGGAAGGCGGUGGGUCCCCCGAGCGACUCCAGGAGGGGCUCAUUCGAAGAGGAGAGGCUGAGUCAAGCAGCUCGGCAGAAGAGCGGCCACCAUCAGCAUCAUCAGCAGCAGCAUCAUCAUCACCAUCAGCAGCAGCAUCAUCAGCAGCAUCACCAUCAUCACCAUCAGCUUCAUCACCCCCAGCUGAUGCUGCUCGAUCACCUGAAACAGAAUGCAAUCAAAGCGGCGCCCUGCAAAGGCAACGAAGCGGGGGAGCCCCACGGGAGGAGACCUACCGAGGGCACAAAUUUCCCUAGCGAUGUGCCCAUUGCAGGAGCGAACCGGUGGAACCAGCUUGCCUUUAAAGAUUGCGGGAAGCACCCCCCGAGGGAUUAUUUCACCAUAGGGGGUGCCCCUCCCCAGGGGGAGAAGCCAGACGUGAGGAUGCAACGGCUGAUGCAGAGGAUGGCCCCAAAAAUGGCACCAAAAAUGGCCCCAAAAAUGGCACCAAAAGUGACUCCAAAAGUGACUCCAAAAGUGACUACAAAAAUGACUCAAAAAAUGACUCAAAAGAUGACGCCAAAAGCGCGGGAUCGAGCGAACCGGCCGCGGAGGGGCGACGACUGCGAGAGCUUCUCCUCCCUGUCGUCCCUCCUCUGCUCAUCCGCAGCAUCCGACGGUGGCGAAUCCUCAUUCGGCUCCAUCAGAUCGUCCGAUCGUUCCGUUUCCCCCCACUCGAAGUCCAAUUCGGGGUCUCUCCACUCGUUGACAGUACCAUCGGCGUCCUCUUCAUCAUCCAGCACAUACGCGUCAUCCUCUGGUUGCUCCUCCGAGUAUUUAUCUCCUUCAUUUAGACGAGUGGCGUCGGGAAAGUGGGACGUGGUCUCCUCUUCCUCUUCCUCCUCAUCUGCAUCUGUGAGGUCGAACCUAAAUGGAAAGGCCAAGUCCACGUCGACCUCCCCGUCAGCAGCUUCGAAUAGGUCAGACCGAAAUAGCAACUCCCUAUGUAGCAGCAACUCGCAAGAAGCGUUUUCCUCCUCGUGCGGAGAGGGCUUCUCUAAUUUUAAGUUGGGGAGUCACAUAGGAAAUGCAAGCAAUAGCAGACAUCUUAACCAUACCAACAGUGGAAGUGCUAAGAAGAAGAAAAAAAAAAUAAAAAAAAUGAAAAAAAAAAAAAAAAAAAAAAAAUACGAACAUGGUGAUGUGGCCGCGGACCGGGACAACGGGGGGAGGAACUCCAAAUCCAGCACGUUGGGCCUCUUCACCACCAAUGUGUUUAACAGCGGGCAUAGUUACCACGAAAUGAAGAGCAUCAAGCUGGCCCUGUGCAGCACCCAUAAUAAUGAAAGCGACAUCACCACUGUGUUGAGCCUCAAGUUGAAUGCAGUGAAUAACAGGACGCACAACAACCUGGGGGGCAUUUUUUACCACUACUAUAAUUCGUUCCUCUCCUCUGUGUUUUUCGCGGAGAAGUUUGCUCACCUCUCGGAGGGGGGGGUAGUCACCAAGGAGGGGGAAGUUACGAUGGAGGGAGAAGCCCACCAAGAGGGAGAAGCCCACCAAGAGGGAGAAGCCACCAUAGGGGUGGACCUCACCAACGAAUCGGUGGACAACCAAGCAGAGAGGAAGAACGAGCAAGUCGUCCAGAUCGAAAAUGAUAAUGCAGAUGAGCGUGGAAACCUGCUCGAGGGGAAUAAGGGAGACGAAACGAAGGAGGGAAGCAGCACCCCCUCAGGGGAGUGCGACACGCAGGAGGGCAUAGCCACCCCCUCGGAGGAGCAGGACAGCCGGGGAGAAGCUCUCACCAUGGACGAUGCCGCGAAUGCGGUUAGCGCGGCCGACCUCGCCACUGCAACGGCUACUGCAACAACGGGGGGGGACUCGCCAGACGGAGAGACGCACAAACAGAGCGACCACACCCAUAAGAGAAAAAUCGGGUGCCUUUCCGGGGCGCCUCACUCCGAUGGGGAGAACGAACAGAAGGAGGUGGGUCAUUCGGAGGAACAUGGCGAGGACGACGCGGAUGUAACGCACUCAUCAAAUGGAAAUAAAAAAAAGAAAGUUAAACUGAACAUUGAAGAGGUCUCAGGAGAGCUGACCGCAAUGGAGAGCCACAAACAGAAGGCUCAUAAUGAUGGUGGUGGUAAGUGGAGUGAGGAGGCCCACGCGGAAGGGGGGAGCUCGGAACAUCCAGAAGACAAAAAGGGGGAACACCAACCAGCGAACGAAUUGGAAGUAACGACCGACUAUGAGAAUUCCCCCGAGCAGGAGAAGGCCAACGAGUAUGAAACGUUGAGGGACGCGCAGGAGUUAGCGACGGGAGGAGCGGCGGACCCCACGCAGGAAGGAACAGCCGAAGAAGCGGCUGGAGGAGAAGCCACAUGCAGAGCGACCCCGCGCGAGGCGAACGACCGCACACUGCUGCUCUUCUCGAGCUACAUCAACCGAGUGAUCGACACCGUAGAAGCCAGCGUGAUUCUGAAGAACAACGUGUGCGAAGGGGUCUACUAUCUGCGCCAGGAAAACGGAGUGAACAUUUGCCAGAAGGUGAGCGGCCGCUUUAAAAAGCAGUUGAAGAUACAAAACAUGAAGAAGAAAAAAAAAAAAAAAAAAAAAAAACUAAAUGACAUUACUAUUUUAAAAAAUACAAACGUAGACAUUCAAAAGGCAAAUAAGAAGAACGUUUCUAGUAGCCUCGAUUUGAAGAAGAAAGUUGACGUAAAUAAGUUCGCCUACCUCUUCUACCGACUCCCUGUGUUGCUUUACGGCAGCAAAUUUGUGAGUGACGUCGAUAACCUGAAGCACAUAGGUCAGAUUAGAAACGUAUUUCACCAUUGCUUUGGUUUUUCUAAUUCCCAAAAUAUAGUUGGUCUGGUGGCGCUACUGAAAAGCUAUGCCAGCCACUCGAUGUUCCACAAGAGUGCGAGCAACUCCAGGAGGAGCGUUCACGAUAGGGAGGACCGGAGCGCCAGUCGGAGGAAGCUUUCGGCCGGCGCUGAGCUGGGGGAGGCGGUGGAAGGGGUGGAAGCGGUAGAAGCGGCACCUGCAGUUGAAGCGACCCCUGCGGCGAAGGCGUUGCAGCAGGAUGGCGAGGAGCAACCCUUCUCGGGCAACUCGCUCGACGCGGAUGCCGCUGGUACCGCUAAUACCGCUAAUAACGCUAAUACCGCUAAUACGGCUAAUACCGCUAAUACCGCUAAUACCGCUGAUGCCGCUGAAGCGCAGCUGGAAAUCCCGGGUGAACGGACGGGCAGCCUUGCAACGGUGAUGGAGGUGCCCCCCACGGAACAAACCGAAAAUAACCAACCGAAGAACCAACCGAAGAACCAACCGAAGAACCAACCGAAGAACCAACCGAAGAACCUACCGAAGAACCCCCCCCCAUUUGGAAACGCAAAGGAAGACGUCACAGACAAUGGAGAUGCAGAUUUAGUCAAGGGAAGCACCUGUGCCAGCACCGUCAGCGCGUACUGCCCAAGUCUCAUCGGAGACAACCACUAUGAUGUGCACGAAAAGGAGGUGGUAGAUCCUCUUGAAAAGGAGCCCAGAACAAAAAAAAAAAAAAAAAAAAAAUCAACUGCAAAUGGAGGUAAUGGCAAGGUGAGUAUGCCCCAUCAGGGGGUAGAACAAAUGGAAUGUUGCAACCAGGAAGAAGGGCAGAAAAACGAAAGCACAUGUGACAAAGGAGGGGUAAUAAAGGGAGAUGAAUCCGGGAAAGAGACCCAGUCGUAUGUUAACAAAAGCUUCAACUUAGUGUUCUGUCUCUUCGAUAAUGGAAAUCACAUCUACCUCCUAAUCUACGAAUCUGACAGUGAUAAUAGGAAGAAGCAUGCAAAGAAUAAAUUGCUUAGAAAAAAAAACGAUUGUAAUCCGAUUGACUAUUUUUUUAGGGAGCUAUAUGAGAAGGUCCAUCAGAGUAGCUCCAAGGAUGGGGCCUUUUCAAUUUUGAGGGCUCUCUUUUGUAGUGGCGUCGGUGCAUCGGUGGGAGAGUGCUCCGCGGGUCUCUCCGGCGGGACGGUUCCCCCGAGUGGCAUCACCCGCAUCGGGUCGGUCGAUUCGACAUCAUCGAUGGGGGUGGCAGCUUCGACAGCGUCUAUGGGAUCUACGGGAUUGGCAACUUCUAUAGGGUCGAUGGGGUCCCUGAGCGGUGUCAGCGGCGGUGUGAGCGGUGUGAGCGGUGUGAGCGGUGUGAGCGGUGUGAGCGGCGUCAGCGGCGUCAGCGGCGGGACCAGUGCAGAGGAACAGAACUGCCUCAGGCUGAGCGAAAUGCUGCUGAACAAAAAUGUUUUGAAAAACAUCCUCCACAAUUUUAGCGCCUUCAACAUCACCAAGAACAUGAGUCUCAAACUGACCAACGUGGUCGAGCUGACCUACUACGACUACCUCUUUAUAAAAAAACACAAAUUUUUUUAUUCCAGGAGGGGCGUGAAGAUUUACGAUGUGUGCAAUAACUUGUACGGAGGGGGGGACCCCGCGGAGGAGGACCUGGGGGGGAGCACCAUUAGCGAGCGUGCCAUUGGCGGGCGCGCCAGGAGGAAUGCCCACCAACUGGCACACAAGCUACAAGGAAUCGUCGCGAAAUUGUACGCGGGGAAACGAAGCAACGGCUCCUUUAAUUUUAGGGGGAUGGUGGCUAGCGAAGGCGGCCCCGCUGGCAGUGGAGACGUCAGCAGGGUUGGUCCCUACGUAAAGGAUGAAAAGGCCAAGUUGGGGGGAGCAGUCGCCCCGGUGGGAAGUUUCGACGUCGCCCCUGGAGUCAACGGUGUCAGCGGUGUUAGCGGUGUCAGCGGUGUUAGCGGUGUUAGCGGCGUUAGCGGUGUUAGCGGCGUUAGCGGUGUCAGCGGCGUUAGCGGCGCGAGAGGCGGCAUGGCCGAUGGCCGGCAAGUGAGUCCCUUCCUGUGGGGACCGCAGAACGGCACCUUCGCAGGAGGGUUCGUGGGUGGCUUCCCGGGAGACCUCAGCGGAAAGACCCUCAUAACGUACGACUUCGCCAGGAGUGGAAGCCUGCUGAGUAAAGGGGCCAAGGAAAAAGUUUUGAAUAAGCAGAUAGCGAAGAGGAGCGACAGGAGGGACCAAAGGGAUGGCCAAAGGAGCAGAAACAAGAAGGGGCAGAAGAACUGUCUGGAUGACUAUCUCAAGAGCUCCAACGCAGUUAAGGGGAAACAACCCGCAGGCAAAACCAUCACGAGCAGUGAAAUUGGUGAAGGUGGCAACUUCGAUUGGAUGGCAGACCAAAGCAGAGAGAACUCCAUCGACUGCCUCGUAAGGGACUACCUGCUCAACAGAUGUGAGGAUAACACCAUGGCGGAAAUGGUGAAAGAAAUCAUUAGACGGUAUAAUUCCUUUGGGGGCACCCCGAGAGGCGGGUUCAGGGGGAAGGGCCACCCCGCAGAGGUGCCCCUCCAUCCGACGAACAGCUUCAGCGCGUACGACGUGUGUAAGUUGUUUCUGCAGGAUGGUGAGGCGAGGGGUGACGCGCGGGGCGGGGUCAGCAGCGGGGUUAGCGGCGUGACGAACGCUUCCUCCGGCGUGACGAACGCUUCCUCCGGCGUGACGAACGCUUCCACCGGCGUGACGAACGCUUCCACCGGGGUGACGAACACUUCGACCUGCGCGCCGAACGAACCGCAGGCGGCGCCCCUCUUCAAAAGCAAAGAUGAGAGAAAAAAGUACCUGAACAACGUCCUCUUCGAUAAGGCCGCCUUAGCCAACUUCCGGAGCUUCGUUUUGAAAAAAAGGCAAAUGGAGUUUUUCUACAAAAGCGGGAACGGGGUGGCCAACUGCAUCGAGCGGGAGAAUAACUUCGUAGACAUCGGGAACAUCUUAUCGUUUCACCUGAACAGGAGUGACUUCGUCAGGCAGGUGAAGUGGCGCAGCGUGGAGGAGGUCGAGACGAAGCUGGGCGGGGGCGGCGCUAGCGGCGUUAGCGGGGUUGGCGGCGUUGGCGGCGUUGGCGGCGUUGGCGGCAUAAGCACCAUUAGCAGCGUCAGGGUUAAGGCUGAAGAAAACAAGGCGGGCUCCGCUGCGUCGCCCAGAAACUGCCCCAAAAGUGGUAACCACGCGAUUGCAGAGGGGGCAAAUGCGAGCAUGUGUAAGAGCGAGGCAGCAGGUGGGCCCCCCAUCCCCGCAGAAGGUCAUUCCCAACCACGGGAGGGAGCCAAAAAUAAUGAAAAGGAAGAGAAGAACGGAAGCGGCAUUGUCGUCCCGGUGGAUGGCAAGUGCGCCCUCAGCGGACGCAACGUCCCUUCCUCCCAUGUGAAGGACCAAAAAUGUGAAGAAGUCGUCAAGUGCGCGAAAAGCUCCAGCAAUAGCAGAAGCGGCAGCUCGAAGAAGCAGCUGGUGAAGGAGGAGAAGAAAAUCCACCCCGAUGUGCCCAUCCAUGAUAAGAGCGAACAUAAAAGGGAAGGGCAACGGGAUGGCCAAAAGGAUGGCCAACGGGAAGGCCAACGGGAAGGCCAACCAUAUGGCGAUCUCAAUCAAGAACAGCGGAACGACGGCGAAAGCUUCGACGAGCUGAUCAGCCGCAACUAUGAAAAGAUGAAAGACCUGUACAAUAACCUGAGUGAAGAAAUAGGAAAGAACAAACUUCUGCUGAUGAGCAAAAUUAUUGAAGAAAAUCACUCGUAUAACGUUGCGGAUAUGCCCCUCUACGUAAACUUCAUUUUUUACAAAUACAGCUGUGUUAACACUUGGAAUAACUUGGUUCAUAAUUUGAGGGAGAGCUUCCUACGGGAGGAGACUCACUUUUUGAGCACAGACGGGGCGGUCGUCCACAAGGGAGUGGGUCUCAAAAAUGAUCAAGAGGAGGCGCUUCUCCUGACGCCAGCGGAGGCAGCGUUGCCAACGGGGGCAGCGUUGCCGGGGGAACAAAACCGUUUGCGGGAUGGUUACGGGGGGGAGGAGGAGGAGAAGCAGAAGAAGCAGAAGAAGACGGACCAGGAGAAGAACACAUACCAGGAGAAUAAAACGGAUGAGGAUCGCAUUGAUGACAAAGGAAAAGCGGCCACCGUUGGGGAGGCAGUUACAACCCAGUGGAGUAACAACCCUAUGGCGAUGGCGAAGGAGGGGAACGGCCCCGAGGAGGGCACCAACGUGGGAGACCAAAGCGGAGAAGCAACUCCCCCCUCAGGCGUAGGCCUACCCACAUCGGCUGUCCCCCCUGCUGCGACAGAUCUGAAGAGGAACAACGCCCCCAGUUGCAACCAAAAGAAAAAUGGGAAAAACGGAAAAAAUACCAAAAAUGAAGAGAAAGAGAAGCCAAACGAUUUCACAUGCAGUGUGUGCUUCAACAACGAGCUGAGCAACAUAAACAUUUUGUACAAGUGUGUCGGAUGCUCCAUUUACAUUCACAAGUACUGCUACGGGAUAUAUCAAAAGGGAAGGAGCGAUGAAUUUCUGUGUGAGAAGUGCACAUUUAGCAAGUACUUUAACAAACGGCGACAGCAGGGUGAGGAUCCCAGUAGGGGCAGCAGCCACUCGAAGAAGAAAAAGAAGAGCAGCAGCGGUGGAGGGGGAGCAUCAUCGGUGGCUGCCUCUGCUGCGAUGAGUAAUGGGCACGCACAUGACUCCACUACGAACGACCCGUGUGAUAACCCAGGCAAGGGCGCCCUUGACGCUUUUAAAGGAUUCGAAAGCUGCUGCUACAUAUGCAAGAAGGACGGAGGCGCCUUGAAGAGAACCACGACGAACCAGUUUGUUCACCUCUUUUGCGUUUUAUUUUUUAUCUCCAAAGUGUUUUGUUUAAAUAUUUACAAUUUGAAUCUGUGGGAGGUUUCCAAUUUGAGAUUUUUCGAAAAUGUUUGUUGCAUUUGCAAUAAAACUGGAGCCGUCAUAAGUUGUGCCUACUGCGAGGAGGGCGCUCAAGGGGAAAACACUCCGAGUUUUGCGAACGCGUAUACGAACCACACGAAGGUGAAGAAGUGCAGUAAGUGGUUUCACCCCCUGUGCGCUUAUCUGGAGGGGUACCAUAUGAAUGUUGAGGUUUACGAAGAUCUGUUUGUAAUGACUUAUUUUUACGAUAACUGCUUCUCGUGCUUCCACGUGAUUACGCACUGCAAUGACCACGCCCCGCUGGGCAGCUACCCGAAUAGGGAGGCCGUCAAAUGGAAGAGGAGCAAGUCCUACCUGAGCAGCGAUGGAAGCGGCGGCGUAAGCAGUGGCGUUAGCGGUGGUGUAAGCAGCGGUGGAGGAAACUGUAGCGGCGGAAGUGGCAGCGGCGGAAAUGGCAGCGGCGGAAAUGGCAGCGGCGGAAACGACGGCGCCGCGCCCCCUAGGGCGAGCGACAAAAACGCAAAAAAUAAGGGAAAAAACAACUGCCAAAGUAGCAAGAUCGCGACGAGCGCCCCAUGUUUGCACAACCAGCAGAACGGCAGUAGCAGCCCGCCACCUCUUCAAAGCUGCGUGAACGCCAUUCUUGUAAAGGAGGAAGCCAGCCACGAAAUUUGCGCGACGGAUCAGGUAGGACAAGCCUAUAUGUUAUAG